AUGUACCUGGAGGAGGCCAGCCGUGCUUCUGUCCUCGACGAUUUCAGUAAGGUCCUCUCGCGGCAGCUGAAAGGGUGGAGAGAGCAUGAGCUCAUAGAGACAACCUUUAAUAAGUACUGUGUAGAAGCGUCACCGCGGCCGAAAUAUUGGAACGAAGACUCCUUCAGAAAGUACGUGACCUCAAGCCCGCACAUCAAGAUGUCGGAGCUCGAGAUCGGGCUUCUCUGGAGGAGUUUCUCGCACUACGCAUACCAUCCGUUCCCCCACCAAGAAUCGGAGAUCGACUUCGCGGCGUUCAAGCGCGCCGCGGUACUACUCGUUUUUCAGGCCGAUGAUCUCAUUGGCACGCAGGAAAUGGAUGGCGGAACCGAAUAUCAUUGGCGGCAGGACGCCACCCAUCAUGCAAAUGCCCGGCACGGGAGACUCUUCAGGAGCUUGGGAGUACCCGGUAAAUCGGGUCCCUCUCCUGAGCAAACGGAGGAGCUGCUGGGUGAGGCUGCGGAUGCUAUGGCUCUCUCAGGCCCGAAAUUUGUACAUCGUGGUCCGACCCCGGAAGAACUCAAGGCAGUCGCAAGGCGCUUCCUCGAGGGGAGUGUGAGAAGUAGGGAGGUCCGGAGAGAAGAAAUAGAAACCUUGGUCGGCUUGCUGGGGAGGCUGAGCAUCAAGGAGAAUAAAUGGGGGUCGAACGGGGCAUUUUAUAACCACGGAGAUAUCUUGGAAGCUAGCUCUUCAAGUGUUGAGUUGAGUAAGAUCCUAGCUGGCGGCUUGGUCGAAGACAUGAAUCUGGAUCCUUUCACCGCAAAUGAGGCUCUCAAAGCAGUGGAGUUAAUGCCUAACCUUCUCCUACGCUUCUACCAACUCUGGGCAGUCAUUUUCCAGCCCCGGGUACCUACCACGAGCGAGCCCUAUACCCCCCCUCAACCGGACGAGAAAGGUGCCAUAAUCAGAUCACUGUUGCUCUUCGUACCGCACAUCGUCGCCGGGAAACGGUUCGCGCGAACCAUCUCCCAGCCAACAGAAGAGAUUUCAAUCACACCCAUUCCCUCUCGGGAUAAGGACAAGACCUUAUCGAGACUGCUCGGACAACCCACUGUGCCGGGGGACUGCAAAGAGUGCGUGGUUCUCUUUUCCGGCACCGUAAGCUCGGGGGCGGGGACUGCUGUCAUUGGCGUUUAUUUUUCCCGUCCUCUCAAUGGUGGUGGUGGACAGCUAGGCAACGCGUCGCCGUAUCUGCUGUUCCAGCUACGGCCUAGGUUUCGGGUACUGAAAGGCCAGCAUGGCAUUCUUCUGCGGGAUCCGAUAUCGGCCCAGGCGGAAGAAGGUCAACAGGCGAAUGGAACGUAUAUGGUUGAAGUUGGUCGGCCUCGACAGGGUAAGCUGGAGGUGCGACCGUGGAAGGGGGGGAUGGUGCUUGUUGGUGCAGGCGAGCUAUUGAGCAAAGAGAAAGAACAAGGCCGGCCUACAUGGGAAGUUGCGGCAAAAAACUGUCGAAUGGAUAUCUUCGGAGUCAAUGGGGGUGUGUUAGCGGGUGUAGAGGGAGAGAGGGACUCUGGAUAUAGAGAGGAUUAUGGUAGGAAGAUUGAGGUUGCGAGCGAUGAUAGCCCUGCCAGGGUCACGGGAGAUGAAUUGCUGAAAAGAAUCCAAGGGUUUGGGCCAGGUUGA